GAUAUGAAUCUUCUUUAAUCGGAGAGAGAGAUCUGCUACACCUGUCUGGGUUGGAACAUGAAAAAUACUGGAAUUAGCUGUGGGCCGCGGGCGCUGCAGAACUUCUGAUCAGAAGCUCUGCAGUGCCCGUUGUCCACUGGCUUUUUGCGCUUGCAGGGAGAGGUGACAGCUUCCAUUCUCCGAACAGAAGUCCUGUGCCCGUGGCUCACAACUCAUUCAUUUCCAGCACCGCGGCUCACAGGAAGAGAAGGCGAGCAGCGCCUGCAGAGACCAGAAGAUCUGCACAUUAAUACAUUGGAAUCACAGCAAUAAGGACAUAUAGGGGAACUCUCCAUCCUGGAUAUCGUUAGGUUCUCUUCUUGGACAGAUAUAGAAGGAUCUGCAGCAGAAUCAUUUCGAGGUAUCAAGGAAAUGUAACAUCCAAAGGACGGGCUGUGCUGACGUGAAGAGAAAAACUUCUGUAGCACUCUUGGUAACAAGAAUUAAAAAGGGAGGAAGCCGCCUGUGCGUCUACGUUUCAGGAUGUCGCGGCACAGCAGGUUUGAAAGGGAUUUCUGCGGAGGAUGGGAGAGAUGGGAGUGGAGCCCAAGCAGUAAUCAUAUGAACACCAGUAAUGCCAACAGCAUAGUCAAUGGCAAUGGAAACAACAGGCCAGGACUGCUGCCUUUACCCAUUGUGCCAUCCCGUCUACCCACACCAACGUCUACCACUUCUACUACGGUUGGCAGUGAUGCCGUAACAAGCAACGCAAGCAACCCUUCUGCAGCGUCAGCAUCCAAAACGCCUGUGCUAUCCAAGGCCGAGAAGCAGUCACAAGGGCAAUUGCUUGCAACCAGCGUGAGGUGGGGUCAGACUCCUAUCAACCAGUCCACUCCGUGGGAUACUGAGGAGCCUCCAUCCAAGCAGAUGAGGAAAGGCGAAAACCCAGCCACCCCUCCAUGGGCAACGACUGUCUCUGCAGCAACCCAGGCAUCUCUUAUAGCUCACACUUACGGAAUGACCCAGCCUCCUAUAUAUAGCCAAGCAGCCAAUGUCCAAGCUCCCAUUAUAGGCGUCACCCCAACCAUCCCUCCUCACGUUGCCCCGCAGUUACCACUCAUGACAGCGCAUUACCAACUCCAACAGCACCAGCAGCCCACACAACCUCUGAGCAACAUGGUGGUGAACCUACAAAGCCAAACAAUGUACAGACACAGCCAACCGAUAGCUAUGUCCUCCUUGACAGGCGUCGGCCAGGUGCCUCAUCCCGGUCAUACGGCUAUAGGCAAUGGUCACAUGACUUGUCCCAUCCUUCCUCCACCACCACCUGCCGUACCUUCUGCAGCGCUUCCUAACAGCGUGCCAGCUACCAAUGGUCAGACCCCACCACAACUGCCUCACAACCAGCCCUUGACCGGUGAAAAUCCAAAUGGUGUACAGAUGCUACGAACAAUUGGAAUGGGAAAGUAUGAAUUCACAGAUCCAUGGUAUCCUAAAGAAAUGUUGAAGGAACUGAACCAGCAGCGCAGAUCGAAAGAGUUUACAGACCUGAAAAUUAUUGUUGAAGGAAAAGAGUUUGAAGUCCAUCAAAAUAUUCUAGCUUCCUGCAGCUUGUAUUUCAAGGACCUGAUUAAAAGGUCAUCGAAGGAACAAGCUAAAAACGGGGAGAAACUGGAGCUGGCUAUGAACAAUAUCAAUGCGGAAGUCUUAGAACUGUUACUGGAAUUUGUCUAUACAGGUUCCCUGAUUAUAGAUUCAGCCAAUGCGAAAAUUCUUCUGGAAGCAGCGAGCAAGUUCCAGUUCCACACGUUCUGUAAAGUCUGCGUGUCGUUCUUAGAAAAACAGCUGACUGCCAACAACUGCCUGGGUAUCCUGGCCAUGGCAGAAGCCAUGCAAUGUGUAGAGCUGUAUAAUAUGGCCAAGGCAUAUGCCCUGCAGAAUUUCCCCGAGGUGGCCAACCAGGAGGAGAUCCUGAACAUUUCCAGAGAAGACUUCGUCUCAUACAUUUCCAACGACAGCCUGAACACCAAAGCUGAGGAGCUGGUAUACGAGACGGUGAUCAGGUGGAUCAAGAAAGACCCGACUAGCAGAGCACAGCAUUCUGCUGAAUUGUUGGCCGUGGUCCGCCUUCCCUUCAUACACCCAAGCUAUCUUCUCAACAUUGUGGACAAUGAGGAGCUGAUUAAGUCAUCAGAGGCUUGUCGGGAUUUAGUCAAUGAGGCGAAGAGAUAUCACAUGCUUCCUCACGCCCGGCAAGAAAUGCAAACUCCACGUACAAGACCAAGGCUAUCUGCAGGUGUGGCUGAAGUGAUCGUCUUAGUUGGGGGUCGGCAAAUGAUAGGAAUGAACCAGAGGACACUGACAGCUGUCACUUGUUUAAACCCGCAAAUCAAUAAAUGGUAUCCACUGGCGAGCCUACCCUUCUAUGAUCGGGAGUUUUUCAGUGUUGUGAGCGCAGGAGACAAUAUCUAUCUAUCAGGGGGCAUGGAAUCUGGGGUCACACUUGGAGAUGUGUGGUGCUAUAUGUCUUUACUCGAUAACUGGAAUUUGGUCUCCAGGAUGAUCGUUCCAAGGUGUCGGCAUAAUAGCCUGGUAUAUGACGGAAAAAUUUAUACAAUUGGUGGCCUUGGUGUAGCUGGCAAUGUUGACCAUGUUGAAAGGUACGAUACAAUUAUCAACCAGUGGGAGACGGUCGCUGCUCUCCCCAAACCGGUGCACUCUGCAGCAGCCACUGUGUGCGGGGGCAAAAUCUACGUGUUUGGUGGAGUGAAUGAAGCUGGAAGGGCGGCCGGAGUGUUGCAGUCUUAUGUGCCUCAGACCAACACAUGGAGCUUCAUAGAAUCCCCUAUGAUCGAUAACAAGUACGCCCCGGCGGUCACUCUGAAUGGCUUCAUCUUUAUUCUGGGAGGAGCGUACGCAAGAGCAACUACGAUCUAUGACCCCGAGAAAGGAAACAUCAAGGCCGGACCCAACAUGAAUCACUCGAGGCAAUUUUGCAGCGCCGUGGUCUUGGACGGAAAAAUAUAUGCAACCGGCGGUAUUGUCAGCAGCGAAGGACCUGCUCUCGGAAACAUGGAAUAUUAUGACCCCAAAUCGAACACAUGGACAUUAUUACCCAACAUGCCUUGCCCACUGUUCCGCCACGGAUGUGUAGUGAUAAAGAAAUACAUUCAGAGCGCUUGAUGCCAUGAACUGAGUCGGCAGUCGGAGAUAUUUGGAUAUAGUUUUUUUUUCUUUUCUAUCAUUGGUUUGGUUAUAACCCUUCCCAUGCCACAGAUGAAGCAUUUAACCCUUCUCUUCUCUACUUCAGAGGCUUUACCCCUUUAAUUUCACGAGGAGAUGG